AUGUCAAAAGGCUGUGGAAAAAAACGAUACCUCAGGUCCAGGACGGUUUUAAAAACUCUUGGUGAGAAAAAUCCCAAUGACCUGGUCCUGGUGAUUGGAACGGGGGUGAGCGCGGCUGUAGCUCCAGGUGUCCCUGCGCUCCGUUCAUGGCGAUGUUGUAUUAAAGCUGUAAUAGAUGCUGCAAAACAGUUUGAGGUAUUACACCCUGGGGAUGUUGUGGAAUUCAAAAAACGGGUUCAGCGUGAACAAGACUUACUGGAUGUCGCACGUGACCUGAUCAGGAAAAUGUCACCACGAACUGGUGACCAUGUACCCAGCCUUUUCCAAGACUGUCUAAUGGAAGUGUUUGAAGACCUAGAAAGCCGUAUCCAGGACCCCGCCAUUCUCAAGUCGAUCAUUAGUCUAAUGGACAAAGGGGCAAUGGUGUUGACUACGAACUAUGAUAACCUGCUGGAGCUAUAUGGACAAAAGAUGGGCAAACCCAUGGAAUCGGUGGACCUGAAUGAUAAAGUGAAGGUUUUGCAGUGGGUACAAAGCCGCAUUAGGUAUGGCGUUUUUCAUAUCCACGGGUCGUACAGGGAUCCUUGUGGCAUGAUUCUGGAUCCGUGUGGACAUCGAAACGAUGCACAGGACCUUGAGCUGAUGAAUGAGCUGCAAAACUUGUACUGCAAAAAAACAUUCAUUUUUCUCGGCUGUGGAGAGGCUCUGCGAGAUCAGGUUUUCCAGGCGCUUUUUCUUUACACUGUGCAGAAUAAAGUCAGUAUGGAACAUUACAUGCUGGUACGGAAGAACAACACCGAUGCCUUCUAUCAGCUUCAGGCCAAUAUGCUGCUUAAUGGCAUCAAGCUUAUGUCCUACGGAGAUUCAUUCACUAACUUUCCAUCAUUUAUAAAAGGGCUGUCUGCACUCCUAUGCAAAGAGAGGACUAAAAAUAUUGCACAUGUGGACAUUGAAAUGCAGUGUGAGCCUCUGGCUAAUGUUCCACGAACAGCUCGAAAGAGGAAGCCAGAUGAAAACACCAGGACUGGGAAAAAAGCUAAGAUGAAGGCUGGAAAUCUGAGAAAUUAA